AUGGAGGGGAAUUGUCGCGCGGAAAGGGAACGUGGAUUGUAUAGGAACACACCUGGGUCAGCCGGAACAACCCUCCCGGAUAUGGCAAGGGAAAACGGACCAAACUCUCUCUUUUCGGCCGUUUUUUCCUUGGCAUUCUGUCUCUGUUUACGCCUCUUGGCCGCAGGGUAUAAUUUUUGACUGGAGAUACGCGUGUUUUUUCUUUUUUUUUUCUUUAAAAGAGCUCUUAAUAAGUAAUUGUUGCUUUAGGGAAUGUGAAUUCAGAGUCCGGGACUUGAUGUCUGAGGAUAAUUUAUAUAAAGAGGAGCCGCGUAAGUUCAAACUAAUUAAGUAAAAGAGUUCCAGAAAUACAAAACGGGAAUGGGAAAAAUAAGACAGAGGACUUUGAGUCCCUGCAGUCCCCCUUUAUUACCCCGGCCAUCUCCAGAAGUCGGCCCAGUAGGAUCCCCCAAAAUAUUCAACCAAAAAAGGGGAUUCUGAAGAAUCGGGUAAGAGAAAAAAUAAACUUAAUACUCUUACAGGACUAUAUUAACAAUAAAAAUUAUACCGACAUAUCCCCCGUAUCGGUUACAAAUUCGACGGAAGUUGGGGCAAUUAGAACCACGUUAUGCUACACAUUGCCCGAAAGAAGCCCCAAUUCUAUACGACCGACCGUCGGAUUCUCGGAGAGAAACGCCGGUAAGUGGUCAUAACGGAAAUUAUGAUGACAAUAAUUACAGUAGCCAUCAUUGGAGAUACCUCAGAUGAGUACGAGAGUGAUGCCAGGAACUCCUUGCCUUUAACAGUCCCUUCAAUGCCUCCAAUUCCAGAGACAACAUUGGUUUUGGAACCUCAGAAAAUGGUCAGGUAAACAUUAUACACCUCAUAUUAGUUAUAAAAGUAUGAAGUUUAAAAAGCAAUCAUGGAACAUAACCCAUAAUUUUAUAGUAUUGAAUCAGACAAUCCGAAUUAUAUGAAUGGAUUUAUAAUGACCGAAAGGAGUAAUGAAUCCACUCCAGAACGAAGUCAAGACGAUUCUAAGAUCACGGAAGGAAGAAGUACGGAAGAUAUGGCCUCGACCACUGAAGAUGAUCAGAUCAGCAUAUCCUCUUCCACUUGCAGCUCUCACAUUGCUGGGAAGUGGUGGAAUGGAAAGGAUACAAGGUAAGAUUAGUCUACAUUAUAGUGUUAAUAACUUUCAGAUAUAUUCUUCAUUGUGAAAAGAAAGGAUGUAAUCACAAGCACGGGGAUCAGCCAAGGCCUGGGGAACAAUAUUUAACGCCGACUCAGCGGUUUAAACAAGAGAUCUCGUUACUCAAAAAACAGAAAAAGUAUGAAAGUAUAAUCUUGAUGAGUAUUUUUUAGGAAAUUGGAAGAAGAAAUAAAAUUAAAAGAUGGGGAGUUGCUGGAACAUCGAGAGAGAUUCAAACAGAUCGAUGAGAGUAUUGUGUUACAUCAUGACAGCCAGUUGAUGACAUUAUUGGACAAAAAAGAAAAGAAAUUUGAAGCCGAGAAAGAACGGAUGUACCAUGACCAUAUUAGAGUAGUGGAAGAAUUAGAGUCACAAAUCUUCGAGUUAAAGUAAAUUCUUUUUACUUUACUUUACAUUAAUUUAGACAAACAUUGAACCAAAAGAAUCUGGUGAUUGAGAAAACGGAAGCCAUAAUUAAUGUGCCGAAACAAGACGUUUCUACCUUGACUGAGCCUGCAGAUGUGACCGAUGAAUCGCAACAAGUGCAUCAAGUAGAUGGUCAAUUGGGAGGUCAGUCCACUCUCACAACUCCUAAUGAUCCGAAUCCCAAUGUCAAUUUCCUCGCAGUUAACGCGACCUCAGCUCAGACCUCUCCCAUGGGUCCGCCUCCUCCGAUUGCAAUCACCGAAGUGCCUUCAGGUGAUCCCUUGACGGAGGCCUUCAGGAUUGAAGCCUUGUUUUGGAGGGAGAAGGCGGCCCAAUUGGAGAUCAUAGUGAAAGAUCAGCUGAUCAGAAACGAUCUGGAUACCCUACAAUUGGUCAAUGACUCCCUUCAAACAACUGUAGAUCAAUCGAAUCCAGGGAGUGCUAUGACCUCAGAGUCCAAUAUCAAGGGAUUGGUCGACGAUGCCACGGAAAAGAGAAGGAAAUUCACAACUCAGAGGACGAUGACCAUGGCGAGAGACCCCUCCAAUUACAGUAUCCCUGCACUAAUUGAGGCUCAGGAAUGCCGGAAUCUAAAUUGUAUUGAGCAGAAGAAACUUCUGAAUGAAGAAAAUGAAGAUCUGAUCCAGAAGGUGAGUUUACCCAAGAGAUUUCUGCUCUUUAUGGUUUUUCGUGUCCAUCGCCGUACAUCUGAUGUCGCAUGUCCCUUUGUUUACAGCUCAAAAUUAUUCAAACGUGUCACAUUUUAUGUUCGCACUUUUAUUGUAAAUUUUUUCAAAACUAAAAGUUAUUUACUUAUAACUUUAUUCCAAAAGUUUAUUUUCUGUGUAACUCUACUCUGGAUAUCCCUAAUCUGCUCAAAUUUUAUGUUAUCCCUAUGUUUUCCGCUGCUGCCAUAUAAUGAAUAAAGUAUUUAUUGUCAGAUGGACACUCAAUUCGCCCGGAAUGCAGAACUAGAAGCAGAGCUGAGCAGUCUGAAAGAAUUACACGAGGAAUUAGGGAAACAGCACUCGGAACUGAAGAAAUCGUUCGAAGAAUUGGCCGAACUGGCAGAAAAUAGAAUGGCCGAGAUCAAGAGUGGCCAGAUGGCCAUGGAGAGGAUGCAGGUAAUUAAUUUUAAAUCAAAUUUGAAGAUAAAAAUUUAAAAUUCGGAAUCAGCGGGAAUGGGGCGAAAUGUCACUUUGAAAUUUAGUUGAAAAUUUUUCUUUGUAAUUUCUGUAUUGUUUUUUUUUAAAUAUUUUAUAAUUAUUAAUUUUCUUCAGGACGAGAAAGAGAAGCUCCAGCAGGCGUUCAAUUACCUUGAGGACAAAGCCGUGGCCUAUCGAAACACAAUCUUGGAUAAUAAUCUUGUGGUAAAAGGAGAGAACACUUCGGAAUGGCACCGGGGAUUCACAGAUCCUCAGUUCACUCUUCUCCAUUCCAUCAGAGUCCAGACUGAUCUAACUACAGCCGAAUUGACGUUCAACGAAAACGAAUUCGCUCUUAUCUCGGUACAAUUGAGAGAAAUCCAGAAAGAAUAUUCGGAUCGGCAGAUCGAUCUGGAUGCCCAAUUUGAGGAGAUCAACAAGGGAUUAGCUCUCAAGUCCCAACUUGUAGAAAAAUUAAGUCGACAGUUGGAGAUGGCUGCAGCGGAAUCUCAGAUCUUCGAAAAAAAUCGACAGGACGAGAGAGAUUAUUACAAGAAAAAGCUGGAAACAAUCGGAAGAGAAGUUGAGAAGUUGCCGGGUUUGCAAAUGGAAUUAGAAAGAGCACAACAAGUAAUACUUGUAUAUUAUACGUACAUUUGAAUGUUUAUCAUUUCAGGAGAAAAGUAUUUUGGAAAUUCAAUUGAAGGGGAUAAGAGAACAAUACGAAGAUGGGCUGGAGAGUGCGUUAGAAGUGUCGCUGCAGAAAUCUCAACAACAAGAAAAGUACUGGCAGGAGAAAUUGAUCUCUGUGGAAAGAGCCAAGAAUCGGAUUAAAGUAAGAGAAUUGGUUUACUCGGUGUGCGUAAGACUAGUAAUAUUAUUAUGACUUUCAGAAUAACUUGGAACAGUCGAUGCUGGAUUAUGACAAUUUGAAGAUAAAAAGUCAAGUGGAGAAGACUGAUUUGGAACAACGAUUGGCAUCCAGUAUUCAGCAUAUUGCAUUUUUAAAUGCGAAGGUAAGUGCCCCUUUUUUCAGUAAGAACAUUUUGAUAUUGUAGUUGAAUCCUCCGGUCAGGGAUGCUCAAUGUGAAGCCAAACCUCGGACCGUCAACAAAUACGUCGCCUGUCGUCCAAAUCAGCGGCAUAAGAAUGUCGAAGUAGAUAAGAGGGAGUUACAAUUGAGCAAAAGUGAUGAGGAUAUCCAAAAAUUAUUCAAAUACAAGGAAGCUUUUACAAAGACAAGAAUCGAGCUGUCUAAAAUCCAGGAGAACCAGAUCAAGAGCAACAUCAUCAAAUCCAAACCUGUUGAGGUAAAGCAACCUGACCAAACGCAUCCAUUAAUUAUUCCACCACAACAAAGACCGCAAUCUUACGCGGUUAAAAAGUCAGGGACAGUUCUUAGUCUAGAUCAGGUGUUAUUCGAUAAGGACAAGGGAGUUCAGUUGCCCGAACUGCGGAGAGAGCAAAGUCUGAACGAGAUUUCUACGGUAUCCUCACCCAUGAUCUUGAUCAGAGAUGAUUCCGCAUCAACUUCUUAUUCUCAGCAUGAAGGAAGUAAAGAAACGGCCGUUCAGACUGUAGCCGAGAACCAUGAAGACAUUCAGUAUGGUGGGAUUCAAGAUGACAAAUCGAGUAUGACCGAUUUGAUGGAUGAGAUAUCAUUAUGUUCAUUGGAGGAGAUUAAGAAUAUGGAGAAACAAACAAGGCAGUUACAAGACGAGGUGCUACUGUUAAGGGCUAAAGCGGCGGAGUCUGAUACCUGGAUGGAAAAAAUAUCACGAAUCCAGUUUAUGUUGCCCCAGGCUGUGAUGUUGGUGUAAGUGAGAAUUGUUUUUAUCGUAUUCUUGUUUUACAAAAGAAGUAAUCUAUUCAAUUUUAGUGAUGAUGAAGACACUCCAGCUUUUGGUUACACAGCGAUUGGCCAAAUUUUGGAUUCUGCGAUUGAAUUCCUGGACCAGAAAACUAGGCAAUCAAGGAGUCCUUUGAAACGGCAGUCUUCCGAACCCGAUCUCAAACUCUCCGUUCAUUCACUUGAAGCCUCCACUGACACUAAAUUCAAACCUCUUCCCAUUCCUGAUAAAUGGGAUAAUGAAAGACAGGAAUUACUUCGUCAGAAUGCUCAUUACGCCGCACAAUUACUUGCUUUGCAAGCAAAACUAAGUAGAUUACAAGGAGAAGAAACGAAGGAACCAGAACAGAAGACCCAGCUGGAUGAAUUGGAAGGAGAUCUCAAGGAAUUGGCUAGACAAUUGACUACUGUCCCCAUUUAUAACGCAGAACAAUUGGCAAAGGCCAGGAAAGAAAGGGAUACCCUCAGGAUUGAAAUUAUUGAUCUCAGGACGAAGCUCAGAGAUGCCUUGAAUGAACUCCAAAUAUUCAGAAUUGAACCAACAGCUGAUGCGCAGAAGCAUUGGGAUGAUGUUAGACUUGGAAGAGGUCGGAGUGCGGAGAGAUUGGACGACGGAUUGGCUGGAGCAGAACUGAGGAGAUGGAAGGAAUCCGCUGGAGUCUCGUUUAGAGAAGUCAAUCGCCUGAGGCUAUAUUUGAAUAAAUUGGAAGAGGAGACUUUGAACAUGAGGACACAGACAGCUAUAUUGAGAGGAGAGAUGGAACUGGCCAAGUGUCAAACAGAAUUGGCUAAUCAAUGGGCCGUCAGAAGAAGGAUAGAAUUGAAGAUUGAACCAGGAAGGAGAAGAUCAAUGUCUUCGUUGUAUCUCAAGACUGUUAAGGAUCAUAAGAAUAGGUAAACCCAGGCUUCUAUUAUAUGUAUUAUGUUACAGUAAUGGUUUUAGCAUGAAUACUCGUAGGUCCAUGGAUCGACUUAACAAGGCUGCUGAUAACACAACAAACGAACUCCAGAUAGUACAACAGGCGUUCCGAAAACAAGUUAAUGGAUUGAAACAAAAGAAUAAUGACCUGGAGGAGAAAGUCAAGUUAUUAAACGACAAGAUUGAGACUAAUGUAGGUUGGACACUCGGACUGUUGAUAAAAAUGAAACGUUCUUUUAGAAGAAAGAGAUGAUUAAAAUAACAGAACACGAGGAAGUAGUGGGUAAAUUAAAUAGCCAGGUGGUUUUAUUGCAAAAUGAAAAUAAUAUGUAUGAGAUGAAAAUACGAGACAUUGAAGAUGAGCGACAGCAAAUGUACUUGUUGAUGUUCCGGAAAGGACAACAAGCAGCUCAUCAUGAGAUUUCAGAAGUAAGUAAACAAAACUAACAUAAGAUUUUGUGUUUAGGAGAAGGCUCUGGAUGAGAUGACUGAAGAUAAAAUGCUUCUUAAAUUCCUUCACGAUGCCUUUUAUUAUUAUCUUCUGAACCGAGGGGACUCCCGAGAGCAUCUACAGGCCAUCAUGACCAUGUUAAACUUUACGAGUAAACAGAAGGAUGAAGUGUACAGAAGAAGAGGAAAGUCUCAGUAG